UGAGAAAGGUGGACUAGCUACCCCUCUGUGGUCUGAUUGUGAAUUCAUAUCAAUGUUGGGUAAACACAUGAGUUCAAUAAUAACCGAAUCGGUCAGAAAAGAUUUGACACGGAAAUAUAGAAUUCAUCCAGACAAAGUGUCGUCUAUUGACAAAUGUCAAAAUGUGCUUGAUGUAUGUAUCACAAAGGAAAAUGUAAAAGGAAUUAUCUGUUGUCACACAGAAUUUUGCUUAACAUAUGCACAAGAACACACUCUAAAUAUUACCAAACUGAAGAGCAAAACAAGAAAAUGCAUGCUAGAGUAUAAUCUUUCACUAAGGAUUUAGACCACAAAAAAAGCAUCAAACAAAGUUGACUUGAAAAACACCACAGUGUCAGAUUCAAGGGUCAGAGGUCAGAGGGGAGUAGAAGAGGUUGGAGUUCUUCCUUCUGUACCUCCCUUAGUGCAAGUACAAGCAGUCAUUAAACCUUAUUAAAACUAGCUCAGAGUUUGCCAUCAGCACAUGUUAAUUUUUUGUAACUGAGAAGAGCAUUGGCCAAAAAUUUGUCUCUUUGACAUGUCUCUAAUUAAAAUUUCUCAUCUUAGAAUUAUAGUCUACUGCUCAUCGAACUGUACAGACUCAGUGUUACAGUCUAUUACACAGUAAAUUCAUGGGUUGUACUCCAAUUAUCUGUAACUGUACAUACUAUUUUAUACCUAGAGCAGAGGCAUAGAUUAAGCGGGGGACGCUUUCGUCCCCCUCACUUUUUAGUGGAGAGUGUGUGUUUGUUGAGGUUUUAAUGGCGCAAUGUAUACAAAUGCAGAGUGAUUUAAAAUCCAAAGAGACAAGAUAGUCUAUACAUGACGUUCACGUAUCCAUGGCAAUCAGUCACUCACUUGUCACGUCAUCAUCACACGCAACAGUACUGUAGCUCAAGUCGCAUCCGCGGUCCCGCGCGCAAUCCAACAUUCGGUUGCGAUGAGCUCAAAGCGGCAAAAACCGCUUCAGUCCUUUUUUAUAAAAAGUAAACUCUGCCUGUUGCUCUUGUUGAAUAAUUAGCAAGUUAUAAAGGAUUUAAAGGAUUAUAAGUAAAAAUAGCUGCUUGGACAAACGUUCACUUUUUUCUGUGUAUUUUCCUUAAACUCUUUUAACGUCUUUAGUUUUAACAAGUGUGUUAUCAAAACUCUUUAAAUAAGAAUAAAGAUAAUGAUGAAAUGAGAUUUUACAGCAUGUUUAGCUCUGCUAAUUCUACAUAAUAUCAUGUAUGUGUCACAGUAAUGUGACACAGUAAUUGAUAUCGGGUCUUGACAUGUUUGUCAGUUGAGUUCAAUACAUAUUUUUUUUCAAUAGUUUGUUUUGAAUGACUAGUUUUAUUCCUAAAACAUGGACUGUACAAUAGAACAAAAUGAAGUAUUGUUUUAAUGUGCAAGUAUCCAUUACUGUGUGCCGUGUACUGUGCAUACACAAAAUACUAUUUGAAAUAUGUAAACAAUAUACUCUUAGUACCAUUAUAAGGACAUUUUUGUACUUUAUACUCAAAAAGGUACACAUUACUACCUUAGAGUACCAAUGUGUACCUUAAUGUACAACUAUACUAUAUAAGGUACAAAGAUGUCCUUUUAAGGGUACUGUCCCAGUGGCAAGCUACUGUAUUUCUUUCUUUCUUUCUGUUUUAUAAUCAUAUAUAAUCAUAAAGCAUAUAAAGCAAAAAAAAUAUGAUUAAAAAUAAAACCUGUCAAUUACGCAAGGGUUAACUGAGAAAAAAAAAAAACAGGUAACAUUAGACAUUUCAUUCCCCCACUUUUGAAAUGAUGGCUACGCCCCUGACCUAGAGUACAAGUAAAUACUGCAUUCCAUCAUGUUCUACUGGGCGGACUAUCCGACUCCACACAUCGCACAAUUAACGCAAAAUUCACGUCUUUGUGACGCCACAAUAUGCUUAAAAAGCACAAUAUGCUUAAAAAGCCCGAACGCAGAGCAGCAGCCCGCAGACUACACUGAACAAUUCAAGCAACCAGCCGCGACCUAUUUCAUCUUUCAACUUCAGAAGAAAUACGCUAUCGAUUCAGCAAAUUCCCUAAAAGGAAAAACCGGAAAAGACAGACAAAAAUGCACAAGUCAAGCUUGAGCCAGCAGGCUCUUCAGGAAACUUCUUGUGAUUCCCCGGAGACACUGCAUUUUGAUAUUAUCACCGUACACAGAGAAUUAAAUGCUGAAAACCAGCUAUUGGAACUUAAAGAAACAGACACCAGACAGAACCUAGAAAUCCGAGGCAUGGAGGGCAAAGUCAGUAGCCUCGAGAAACGCAUGCGCUUAAUUGAGGAAGAACUCUUCAUACGGGAGAAACGGAUAAACAAAGGCCUUCAAAAUAAAGCAAAUACUCUGUCUCAUCUGACGACCAACACUUCAGCAUCACAAGGGGUAGCCUUUGCUAUUUUGAAGUCUGUUCCAGGAACCCUGCCCUCCAUACAGGAAAGCUCUGAUCAGAGGCCCAAAAAUCUCAUCUCAGAAAAUCAAACCAUCAAAACCUCUGCCCCAGCUUUCACCAAGACAAGCCUGACAACAAAGAGAACUGGAUCAGACAUGCCACCACCCAGAAAAGCCAAAAGGCUUCAACUUGAUGCUGCUUCAUCUGAUGGUGCAAACACAACAAUCAGACCCAGAGCCCAAAUCUCCAGUGCAUUAGAAACACUGCAAAAGUCCUGUUCUGAUGUGUUACCUACAAACAUGAUUGAUGCACUUUGUAAAGGAGCAUGUGAACUUCCUGUUCUGACAGAUGAAGAGAAUUCUGUCAUUUCUGAGUUUUGUGUGAGCAAGUCUUCAGCAGAGAUGUUCCUCUCUUUAAUUUUGGACUUGAUCAAGGCAGAGAAAGAGUCUACAGUACAUGACCUCCUGCAGUCUUACUGUAGGGUUUAUGUGGGCUUGUGUCAGCAGAGGGCAGACUCUCAUAAAGCACAUGCCCUCGCCUACAGACUUCUUAAAGAAGACUUUCCUGAAGCCCCCAAACUGAUUAUGGUCAUGGUUACAGCAUGGCCAUGUAUUUUCUCCCAUGACAGCGCUUUAUGCAGAGCUAUUCAUAUAGUGAGCAAAAUGAAGGCAGAUGGAAACAUAUUAGACUUGCUCAGCAAGUAUAUGUACUGGGAUGAGGACCCUCCAGGAAACAUCUACAAUAUGAUUGUUUACACACUGAAGGCUCUUUUUGAAGACCACAGUCUAAGGUUCCAGAAGAGCAGCUGGUAUGGUUAUGAUCUCUGUGAUGCUGCCUGGAACUACAUCUUCAGCAUAGAUCUUCUGUGUGCACAACUGGGCUGGCCAUGGACUCUUAACAAUAUUAUACGAAUGGACCUUUGGCUGAUCCUGAACACUUGGCUGAGGAAAACAAGAUCUGGGCAAACACCAUUCCGAGGCAUCUGUUUAGGAGCAGUGUUCAGGUUACUUGGGCGACUUGGAAAACAAGGACUUAAGGAGAACAUGUUAGUUGAAAAUCUUGCAAAAAACAUGAUUGAGUUUGGAAAUAAAAACCUCUCAAAAGGUAUGUCCUGGGAAGUGCAGCUCUCUGUGAUCUAUGCCAUUCAUGAUCUGGCAGCUAGCAACCCUGAAGAAGCACUGAAGGCUUUAAUAUCAUGGCAGCAAAAAACCACACAGCCCGUUCCCCCAGCUGUCACUAUGUGCCUUAAGAAAAUCGGCUUCCUUUGUCAUCAGAUAAGGCCAAAAAUCUAAAAUCACUAUAGUCGUUUAUCUUUAAAACCACAUAAAUAAAUCAAAUUCAUUAUAGAACUGUAAAACAUCAACAGUUUAUUAUAGUUUACAUCUCUGUAUAAAAAGUCUGUAUGCUGUAGGCUUGGGAGAGAUCCAAGAUGGCGGCGCGGCAGUAGCUCGCAGCGGCCUCUCCGGAUCCAAAAAUGGUGCUUUCACCAUAUUUAGCGCGACCUUCCACAAUACAUGGACACCAGAGUCAGCUGUGUUCAUGCGUACGACCACCAGACACUGCUACAGUACAGGCAACAUGCAACCAAUAAU